AUGGUGUCUACAGCCGUCUCAGCCCCAGGAAAGGUGCUCUUGGCAGGAGGAUAUCUGGUUCUUGAUCGCGCAUAUACAGGUUUGGUGUUUGGGCUCAGUGCUAGGAUUCAUGUUUUGGUUCAUGAUAUCGAUGCCAGCUCGGGCGUGGAACUGUCGGAGAUAGUCGUCCAAAGUCCGCAAUUUCUAGAGGCAACUUGGAACUAUGGGUACCAUCUGAAUGGAGACGACGGGGGUGUCAAUGUCACCCAGUUGCAAGGCAAUCACGAAACACCAUCAUCUCGCAACCCGUUUGUAGAAACCGCCCUCCUCUACACCUUAACCUACAUCUCCACCAUCCUCCCCAAAUCUCACACCAUCAGACCAGCCAAAAUCACUAUCCUCGCCGAUAACGACUACUACUCCCACUCAUCCUCAUCCGCUCCUCCACCCACCCCAAAAGAUGGCUCCCACCACCACUUCACAUCCUUCAACGUCCGCCUCCAAGACGCCCACAAAACCGGUCUCGGCUCCUCAGCCGCCCUAGUAACAGCCUUCACCGGCGCCCUCCUCUCCCACUACCUCCCCCCCACCUCCUUCUCCCUAUCCAGCGCUUCCGGGCGCGCAAAACUCCACAACCUAGCCCAAGCCGCGCACUGCGCCGCGCAGGGGAAAGUAGGCUCUGGUUUCGACGUCGCAGCCGCUGUGUUCGGGACUUGUGUAUACCGCCGCUUCUCGCCCUCUAUCCUGUCCAGGAUUGGUGAGGCUGAGACUCCUGGCUUUGCGACGCGGGUCAAGAGCGUGGUUGAGGAUUCUGGGGCUGAGAAAUGGGACACGGAAGUUUCGAAGGGAGGGGUCACUAUUCCGAGCGGUAUGGCGCUUGUUAUGUGCGAUGUGGAUUGUGGGUCUCAGACUGUGGGGAUGGUGAAGAAGGUGCUGGAGUGGAGGAAGAGUGAUGGGGUUGGGUCGAAGGUGCUUUGGGAUGAGUUGCAGGAGAGGAAUGUGGCGCUUGGGAGGACGUUGGAUGUUGGGGAUGUGGGGAAAUUGGAGGAUGCUUUUGGGGGGAUUCGAGAGAAGAUUAGGGAGAUGGGGGAGAAGUCUGGGGUGCCAAUUGAGCCGGUGGAGCAGACCGAAUUGCUUGAUGCUGUGACCAAGGGGGUCGAAGGUGUGAAAGGAGGUGUAGUUCCGGGAGCGGGUGGGUACGACGCCAUUGUGCUUCUUGUCAAGGAUGAUGAGGAUACACUUGAGGCCAUAAAAACUUUUCUCGUAAAAUGGAGCGAGGAGAAAAAGAGCAACGUCAAGUUGUUAGGUGCCAAGGGAGAGUUAGAAGGAGCGAAGAAGGAGGAUAUUGCGGCAUAUGGAAUUUUUGCAUAG